AUGUCUUACACUUUUCAAACGUUAAAAGUGACGUUUUCAUCGCAACACGUACUUCACGUGGAAUUAAAUAACCCCGAACGAUUAAAUACUUUCGAUCUAACUUUAUGGAAUGAUGUUAAAGAAUGUUUCAUGCAAAUUGAUGGGGAUGCUGCGGUCAGAGUUGUCGUAGUCUCGGGAGCAGGCAGAUUAUUUUCAGCUGGGAUUGACUUCAAUACAUUAUCGAAGAUAAAUGAAAGUGAAGUAGAAGAUUUUGCGCGAAAGGCAUAUUAUUUACGGCGCUUUAUUAAGAUGUUCCAAGAUUCAUUCACUGCAAUUGAAUCGUGCAAUAAACCUGUCAUUGCCGUAGUUCAUAAUGCCUGUAUUGGGGCUGGGGUUGAGUUGAUUGCUGCUUGUGAUAUUCGUUACUGUUCACAGGAUGCAUAUUUUUGCAUUAAGGAAGUUGAUUUGGGUUUAGCAGCUGAUAUAGGUACAUUGCAACGUCUACCUAAAAUUGUGGGAAAUAAUAGCCUUGUGAGGGAGCUUUGUUUCACUGGACGCAAGUUUUCAUCAACUGAAGCACUUAAUUUUGGCUUGGUAAAUAAAAUUUUACAGACGAAAGAAAUAGCAUUAUCAGAAGCAUUCAAAACGGCAAGUAUUAUUGCCUCUAAGUCACCAGUAGCAAUUGUAGGAACAAAACACCUUUUAAACUAUUCACGCGAUCAUUCGGUCAAUGAAGGUCUUGAAUAUACUGCAUUAUGGAACUCAGCGAUGCUUAAUAGCAAGGAUUUAAUCGAAGCAUUUAAAUCUUCAAUGGAAAAAGUAAAACCAACAUUUGCAAAACUUUAA